AUGGCCGAUACCUGGAAAUGGACACCCAAUUCGAAACUCUGCUUCGUUACCACUGGCGCUACUGCGCCAUUCACUGAACUCAUUAAAUCAGUUUUAAAUCCUGCAUGUCUAGACGCUUUACGAGAAUCUGGCUUUACCCAUGUCUUGGUUCAGUACGGGUCCGCCAAGGACGUCUACCAGGACUCGUCCAUGCUUGCUCAAGCAUAUAUGCGAGAUAGCAAAUCUACCCCAGAUCUCAUCAUAGACGGCAUCGAUUUCAAUCCAGAUGGCCUGCAAUCCCAGUUCCAAUUAGUUCAGCGGUCAAAAGGACUGGUCAUCUCGCAUGCUGGCUCGGGCUCCAUCCUCGAAGCACUCCGUUACCAUAUCACACUCAUUGUCGUGCCCAAUACCGGACUUCUGGACAAUCAUCAAGAAGAGCUCGCAGUUGCAAUGGAACGUAACAAUUACCUUGUCCGCGGAGACGUCACAUUCUACAACCACAUUACCACCGGUAUGCGUACGCAGCUGUCCAUCACAGCAGCGCUAGCUACUGCAGCUUCUCUCGCGGUUUCUGUACCAAGCGCUCUUGACGAUCGGCAUGUCGCCUUCGAUUGGGACACGGGCAAGGUUCGAGGUGUUAAUAUUGGUGGUUGGCUAGUCCUUGAGCCAUUCAUCACACCGUCGAUCUUCGAACAACACAGUUCAGCCGAUUGGCCAGUCCACGACGAAUGGACACUUUGCGAGAAGUUGGGCCAGAGUAGUUGCGCUGAUGUGUUGAAGCCGCAUUGGGACAACUUCGUCUCGUGGGAUGACUUUCGGAAGGUCAAAGAUGCUGGCUUCAACGUUGUUCGCAUACCAGUCGGUUAUUGGAGCUACGUGGAGCCCUGGGGCCCCUACACUGGAGGUGCAGCUCAGUAUCUUGACGCUGCAGUUGACUGGGCGAGAGCGACUGGUCUGAAGAUCAUCAUUGAUCUCCACGGUGCACCCAAGUCCCAGAACGGCUUCGAUCACAGCGGCCAUGUAGCAUAUUGGCCAGCCUGGGGCGACUCCGACAGUCUGAGCCAUACACAUGCUGCACUGAAGCAGAUUGAACAGAAAUACGCUACACCUGAGAUGCAAGACGUUGUGGUCGCGAUUCAGUUCCUCAACGAACCGUUCCUGCUCAAGCUCGAUCAGAAUGUGGUCAAACAAUUCUACCACGAUGCAUAUUACAACUUACGGGAUAUCAGCGAUACACCUGCUAUACUACAUGAUGGCUUUGAGAACCCGUCUUGGCUAAAUGGUUUUCUCACCAAGCAAGACAACGAUGCGCGCAACGUUAUUGUAGAUCACCACGAGUAUCAGAUCUUCGACUCUGGGCUGAAUGCCAUGUCUGUCGACCAACACGUGACUCUUGCCUGUAACUCUGUCAGCAACUACGAUAGCUCAGACAAAUGGACAAUCGUGGGUGAAUGGUCCGGCGCCUUCACCGAUUGCGCUCCCCACCUCAACGGCUUCAACUACGGCUCCCGCAUGGAGGGUAGCUUCCCUGGGUCUUACUGGAUCGGCUCUUGUGCCGGCAAAUCCGGCCCUGUGUCUACAUGGUCUCAGGACUGGAAGGAUAGUGUGCGUCGCUAUAUUGAGGUUCAACUUGAUGUGUAUGAAGCCAGGACAAGGGGUUGGAUCUUCUGGAACUUCAAGACUGAGGGUGGUGCAGGAGAGUGGGAUUUGUUUCAGCUGUUGGACGGUGGAGUCUUUCCGCAGCCGUUGUGGGAUAGACGGUUUGGAAAGGCUUGUGAUAACCUUUGA